CUUUUACAGCGCCGUGAAUGGAACGAUGCUGCCGUUUACUAGUCAGCACUCUCGUGGAUUAAAUCGACUUUCAGGAUACACCUGUGGAUUUAUUUGGUUUUUGGGACGCACACAUGAUGCUUUAUUUUAGACACUUGCUGAUUUUAGUUAUCUGUUUGUUGCCAAUCAACGAGUGCAGGAAGCAUCGUACAAGAGAAAAAAGGUGGACGAGAUCUGUUGAAACUGAAAAACGAGGGACCUCUCUGAUGAAAAAACCUCCAGAUGUAACUAAGGCCAGGAAGCUGAAGACAGAGCACCUGCUGAGGGUGGAAGACCAUGACUUCACUAUGCGACCAGCUUUUGGAGGCCCUGCUAUUCCAGUUGGAGUUGAUGUGCAAGUGGAAAGUUUGGACAGUAUUUCAGAAGUAGAUAUGGACUUCACCAUGACCUUGUACCUUAGACACUACUGGAAGGAUGAGCGCCUGUCUUUUGCCAGCACCACGAACAAGAGUAUGACUUUCGAUGGUCGUCUAGUGAAGAAGAUCUGGGUCCCAGAUGUUUUUUUUGUACACUCUAAGAGAUCUUUUAUCCAUGACACUACCACAGACAACAUCAUGCUGAGAGUGUACCCAGAUGGCCAUGUUCUGUACAGCAUGAGGGUGACGGUUACAGCUGCCUGUAACAUGGACUUCAGCCGCUUUCCUUUGGACACUCAGACCUGUUCUCUAGAGUUGGAGAGCUAUGCUUAUACGGAUGAAGAUCUGAUGCUGUACUGGAAGAAUGGGGAUGAGUCUCUGAGCACAGAUGACCGGAUAUCUCUCUCUCAGUUCCUCAUCCAGAAGUUUCACACUACCUCACGGCUGGCUUUCUACAGCAGCACAGGCUGGUACAACCGUCUCUACAUCAACUUCACCUUGCGGCGACACAUCUUCUUCUUCCUGCUACAGACCUACUUCCCUGCCACCCUCAUGGUCAUGCUCUCCUGGGUCUCCUUCUGGAUCGACCGCAGGGCCGUCCCGGCUAGAGUCUCCCUAGGCAUCACCACUGUACUCACCAUGUCCACCAUCAUCACGGGAGUGAACGCCUCCAUGCCACGAGUCUCCUACAUCAAAGCCGUGGACAUUUACCUGUGGGUCAGCUUCGUCUUUGUCUUCCUCUCUGUGCUGGAGUACGCGGCAGUGAACUACCUUUCUACAGUGCAGGACAGGAGAGAGCGCAAACUCCGAGACAGAGUUAGAUCACAGUCUCUGUCCUGCACAUGUGGCCUGUCGCACACCAGAACCAUGAUCCUGGACGGCAUGUACGGUGAGGCCGACGCCAACAGCUUGGCCGGCUACACUGCGGCCCCCACGGUGCCAGAAGAGGAACCUGAGAAGCAAGAACACAUGGUGGUGCACCUUUCCGUCAGCAACGCCUCCACCGCCGCUAAGAAGAAAGGCAUCCGUCACUUCAGCAUCAUCCAGAACACCCAUGUUAUCGACAAGUACUCGCGCAUCAUCUUCCCGGGAUCCUACAUUUUUUUCAACCUCAUAUACUGGUCAGUGUACUGCUGAUGUUCACAAUAAUACUUUGGGGUUUGGAAACUCGCUGACCUCCCCCAGGCCACUUCUUUCAUGUCUUUUUGGUGUGUACGUGGUUUGCACUGUGUGAGACUGAGCUGCUAUGGCCCUUGUGAGGUUUCAGCGAAUUAAUUAAUUUUGAUUAAUUUUCAGUGGGCGGUUUGGGCCUUGAUCGGUGGAUAACUUAUUGGUGAUGCAUAAUGUUUCAAAUGUGUGAGUGUAUUUAUUUACUAUAGGUGUAAUUUAUUGUUACAAUUAAUACUGAAUAAAGAUAUGAAGUACUGUUGCCAUUUUUUUGUUAAUCUGCUAACUUUAUCUAAGUAACUGGAUCACUAUGUACUGCAUGGCAUUUAUGACCAGUGAGGAAAGUAAGGACACUUUAUUGUGUUUAUGUGAAUUUAUUUAUGAUGCUUCUCUUAUUUGAAUGUUUGAAAUAAAUCUAAUGAAAUGCUCCUUAGUUUAUUACAUGACUAUUACUGUGUUACAUGACUACAUGUUACUGUGUUACAUGACUAUACGUUACUGUGUUACAUGACUAUAUGUUACUGUGUUACAUGACUAUAUGUUACUGUGUUACAUGGGCUGGUUGACUGCACAUUUUUACCAGCUCCUGCUCAAAGAUUAUUAUUUCUUCUAAACUGCACAACACACCACAAGCAAAAGGUGGGUCAUCCCGUAAUUAAAUAUUAUUUUUUAAAUUUGCCCUAUGUGCAACAUAAAAUUUUCAAGGCUACUUGAUUUUAUUAAAAUCUUCUUGAUUGUCUCAUGCAGUGUUAUGUGUAUAUCAUAUAAAUGACUCUUUCAGUGGAGCCUCAUUGAGAAGGGUGUUUUCAGAUCAUUCUGGGAUGAUCAAUAAAACUGUCUUGUCAUGAA